AUGGAGCGCGAGCAAGGUCGCAAAGCGCAGAUCUCCAACAUCCAGUCUGCCAAGGUGAUAUCGGAUAUCAUCCGAACUUGCUUGGGUCCUCGCGCCAUGUUGAAGAUGUUGCUGGACCCCAUGGGUGGUAUCGUUAUGACCAACGACGGAAACGCUAUUCUUCGCGAAGUCGAGGUGGCGCACCCCGCUGCGAAGUCCAUGAUCGAGCUGUCGCGGACGCAGGACGAGGAAGUCGGUGAUGGAACAACGAGCGUAAUCAUUCUUGCUGGCGAGAUCUUGUCUUCAGCCCUACCUUUCAUCGAACGAAACAUCCACCCAAUUACUAUCAUUGCCGCAUACAAGAAGGCGCUGGAGAAUGCUCUCAUCAUCAUGAAGGACAUUUCCAUUGAGGUGGACAUCAACAACAAGGAGGAGAUGAUGCGCAUCAUCAAAUCUACCAUUGGAACUAAGUUUGUGUCAAGAUGGAGCGAUCUGAUGUGCGGCCUCGCUUACGAUGCUGUGAAGUGUGUGAAUAAGGAGGUUGAUGGAAAGCGUGAGGUGGACAUCAAGCGUUACGCCCGUGUCGAGAAGAUCCCAGGCGGCGAAAUUGACGAGUCCCGUGUGUUGGACGGUAUUCUGGUCAACAAGGAUGUGACGCACCCCAAGAUGCGACGAACCAUUGAGAAGCCUAGGAUUGUUCUACUCGAUUGCCCACUUGAGUACAAGAAGGGAGAAUCGCAAACAAACGUGGAGGUUACGGACGAGGCCCACUGGGCUCGUUUAUUGGAAAUCGAGGAGGAGCAAGUUAAGGAGAUGUGUGACCAUAUCAUUCGGUUGAAGCCUGAUCUGGUCUUCACGGAGAAGGGCGUUAGUGAUCUUGCGCAGCACUUCUUGAUGAAGGAAAACAUCACCGCCAUUCGCCGUGUGCGAAAGACCGACAACCACCGUAUUUCCCGCGCCGUCGGGGCGACAAUCGUUAACAGGGUGGAAGACCUCAAGGAGGCCGACGUCGGUACCGGUUGUGGUCUUUUCGAAGUCAGGAAAAUCGGUGACGAGUACUUCACCUUCCUGGAGAAAUGCGAAGACCCCAAGGCAUGCACAAUUCUCCUUCGCGGACCCAGCAAGGACGUCCUUCAGGAAAUCGACCGUAACCUGCAAGAUGCUAUGUGCGUUGCCCGUAACGUCAUGUUCGAGCCACGAUUGUGCCCUGGUGGAGGUGCAACGGAAAUGGCGCUUGCCGUCCGUCUGGGAGAGCAAGCGAAGAGUAUUUCUGGAGUCGAGCAAUACCCAUACAAGGCCGUUGCGGAAGCUUUGGAGGUCAUCCCCCGUACGCUUGUGCAGAACUGUGGUGGAAAUGCCAUCAAGAUUCUGACACAAUUGAGGGCAAAACAUGCCGUUGCGGAAAACUUCUCCUGGGGUAUUGACGGCGAGAACGGCAAGAUCGUUGACAUGCACACCUACGGUGUGUGGGAACCUCACGCUGUCAAGGCGCAGACGAUUAAAACUGCCAUCGAGUCGGCGUGUCUCCUCCUCCGUGUCGAUGACAUUGUGUCCGGAAUCUCCAAGAGGGAGGGAGGUGGUGGCGGCGCGCCGCCCAACAUGGAGGAUGCCCCCGAGGUAUGUCUUAUCCUGCAUUGCUCGGCCGACUUUCCGAUGAUGUACUCACCUACCGUCUUGCUUCGCAACACAGGACAAUGGAGAGCGUUAAGCAAUGUAUAUCGACCAAUGCAAAAUUUCCUGCCAGUUAUCUAUGUACAGUUGUUCUUAUUGCUUGUCGGUUAA